UGUGACAAGUCGACACUUUCCAGUGUGUGCUGUUUUGCAGAGGAACACAUUUUUUUCGCGAGUGUCGGAUUUUUGCCGAAUUUCAAGCGUUUUUCUACACCAAAACUCGAAUUGUUCCGUGUGUGAGCCGUGCGACGCGUGUGGCAACUCUUGGCACCGGUCCAGAUCGUACGUUUGGUGGCGUUUUCCGCGAGUUUCGAGCGAUUUUCUUUUCUCUUUCGGUGUUCCGUCGUCGUCGGGUUCGUCGGUCCGGUUUCGCGUUCCGGGGUUUUCGCGUGUGUGUGUUCGCGCAAGGUUUCGUCGCGUGUCGUCCCGUCCGUGUUCCGAGCGUGUUUGCUCCCGUCACCGGUUUUCAAGCUGAGUCCGUCCGGCAGUUCCCGUUUUGCGUGGAGGAACCGAUUUCAGGAGUCCACUCCGGUCGAACCGAUUAACCGACGAUGGGUAAGGCUAAGAAGGGCAAGAAGGACGCUGCCGCUGCGGCCGCCGGUGCUGGCGAGGACAACUCGGACGUUGAGGUGAAGCAAACCGAGCUGACCGAGGUCGAGGCCGAGAACCGCACCAAUGAUGGCAAGAAAAAGAAGGAGAAAAAGCCCAAAAAGGUGGACAGCGAUGACCAGGACGCGACCGAGUCCGCCGAGGUCGAGGAAGUGACGACCGCCGUCAAGAAGCUGACCGUGGCCGGCAAGGACAAGAAGGGCAAGAAGGACAAGAAGGCGGAAGCGGAUGAUGAUGGGGAGAAUGGGGAUGCUGCUGAUGAAGCUGAUGACGGUGGCAAGAAGUCCAAGGGAAAAAAGAAGGGCAAGGCUGCUGCGGGUCCGGUUGGAUUUUCGCUGUUGAUGGCCGAUGACGAUGAUGAUGAUGAUGGCGGGCAGGAGAAGGACACGAUUCGGGACGAUGACGAUGGCGAUGAUGGUGGGGCGAAGAAGGGAAAGGCCAAGGGCGGCAAGAAGCAACAGGUCAAGGACGAUGACGAUGAACCCGCCCAGAAGGGCGGCAAGAAGGCCAAGAAAGGUAAAAAGAAGAAGGGCGGUGACAGCGAUGACGAGGACAUCGAGAAGAUGCUGGCCGAGCUGGAGUUGGAGUACUCCGGGGUGAAACCGGCCGAGGAACCUGCUGCUGCUGCUGCUCCGGAAGCGGACAAGAAGGAACCGGAGAAAAAGAAGGACAAAAAGGACAAGAAGAAGAAGGAGGACACUCCGCCGGAAGCCGCUGACGAACCGGAACCGGAAGAAGGUGGCGUUCACAUCAAGACGGCGGCGGAGAAGCGCAAGGAAAAAAAGGAACGCCAAAAGAAGGAGGCGCAAGCGGCGAAGCAGGCCGAAAAGGAAUCGGCGGAAGUGACCCCGAAGGAGUCCAAGGAGAGCACGCCGGCACCGGCGGUUCAGGAGCAGCCGGAAGAGGCGGCAGCUGCCGGCGAAGGCAAAAAGAAGAAGAAAAAGGGCAAGAAGGAUGAGGCCGGAGAUGCAGCGGCCGCUCCGGAAGCUGCUGCUGAGGAGAAACCUGCUGCUGCUGCUGUCGAGGCUGCUAAGCCUGGGGGAGAAGCCGGCAAGGAUGAUAAGAAGAAGAAAGGUCCCAACAAGGCUGCGAUCGCGUUGAUGCAGGAACGGCUGAAGGCAAUUCGCGAGGAGGAGGAACGGUUGAAACGUGAGGAAGAGGAGAAGGAACGGCUGGCUGAGGAGGCGGAAAAGUAUCGGUUAGAGCAGCUGAAGCUGGAGCAAGAGAAGAAGGAAAAGAAGAAGCAAAAGGAGAAGGAAAGGAAGGAGCGGCUAAAGGCGGAAGGAAAGCUGCUGACGGCCAAGCAGAAACAGGACCGCAUGCGGGCCCAAGCGAUGCUGGACGCGUUGAAGGCUCAAGGAGUAGAGAUUCCGGAGGUUGGCGUUGAGAAGAAGGUACGACCGGGAACGCGAAUCCGUCCGAAGAAGAAGGACGAUGGCACGAAGGAAGGUGAAUCCAAGGAGGAGAGUCCUUCGCUGGAAGAACAAAAAAAGGCUGAAGCUGAAGCGGCUGCCGCCGAGGCCGCCAAGAAGGCUGAAGAGGUAAAGGAAUCAUGGGAUGCUUCCGACAGCGAGGAGGAGGAGCCGGAACCGGCGAAACCGGAAGUUAAGGAAGCGCCCGCCCCAGUCAAGAAACAGGACAGCAAGAAACAAUCCGAGUCCGAUGACGAUGAGGACGACAGCGAAGACGAUGACGACGAAUCGGACGAUGAAAGUGAAGAUGAGAGCGAUUCCGAGGAGGACAACCGUCCGGAAUCGGAGAAGAUCCGCCAGCGGGCGAUGGAGCGAAUCGCCAAGCGAACUCAGGACGCCCAAAAGAAGCUCUCAACGGACAAUCUACGAGCCGCUGUCGUGUGUGUCCUCGGUCACGUAGAUACGGGCAAGACUAAGAUUCUGGACAAACUGCGCCGCACGAACGUCCAGGACGCUGAGGCCGGUGGAAUUACGCAGCAAAUCGGUGCCACGAACGUCCCCAUUGAUAACAUCAAGGAGCAAACCAAGUUCGUCAAGGGCUACGGCGAUACCAACUUCAAGCUGCCGGGACUGCUGAUCAUCGACACGCCCGGGCACGAGUCGUUCAGCAACUUGCGAAACCGUGGUUCGUCCCUCUGCGAUAUCGCCAUCCUCGUUGUCGACAUUAUGCACGGUCUCGAACCGCAAACCAUCGAAUCGAUCAACCUGCUCAAAGCCAAGCGAACUCCCUUCGUGGUCGCCCUCAACAAGAUCGAUCGUCUGUACGACUGGAACACCAUGAACCGCAAGGACGUCCGCGACAUCCUGAAAGCACAAGCUUCCAACACUCAGCUCGAGUUCACCCAGCGCACCAAGGAGGUCAUCGUCCAGUUCGCCGAGCAGGGUCUCAACGCCGCCCUGUACUACGAAAACCCCGACCCCAAAACGUACAUCUCGCUCGUCCCCACCAGCGCCAUCACCGGCGAAGGUAUGGGCAAUCUGCUCUUCCUGAUCGUCCAGUCCUGCCAGAAGCAGCUCGCCAAACGGCUCAUGUUCAGCGAAGAUCUCCAAGCGACCGUCCUCGAGGUGAAGGCCAUCCCCGGCCUGGGAACCACAAUCGACGCCAUCCUCAUCAACGGUAAGCUGCGCGAGGGCGACACCAUGAUCCUGGCUGGCACGGAAGGCCCCAUCACGACCCAGAUCAAGGCGCUGCUGAUGCCGCAGCCGAUGAAGGAGCUGCGCGUCAAGAACGCCUACAUCGAGCACAAGGAGGUGGUGGCGGCGCAGGGCGUCAAGAUCGCCGCCAAGGAGCUGGAGAAGGCGAUCGCCGGGUUGAACCUGCAGAUCGCCCAGAAGCCGGACGAGGUGGAGAUUUGUCGGGACAUUGUGGCGCGUGAUUUGAAGUCGGUGCUCAGUAGCAUCAAGCUGAGCGAACGCGGCGUGUACGUGCAGGCUUCGACGCUUGGUUCGCUGGAGGCGCUGCUGGAGUUCCUGAGGACGUCCAAGAUUCCGUACUCUGGUAUUCGAAUUGGUCCUGUGGUGAAACGAGAUGUCAUGAAGGCGUCCACCAUGCUCGAGCACGAGAAUCAGUACGCCACCAUCCUCGCCUUCGACGUCAAGGUGGAACGUGACGCGCAGGAACUGGCCGACAGUCUGGGCGUGAAGAUCUUCCAGGCCGACAUCAUCUACCACUUGUUCGAUAAAUUCAUGGCCUAUCGGGACGAGAUCAAGCAGCGCAAACGCGAGGAGUUCAAAACGAUCGCGGUGUUUCCGUGCAAACUUAAGAUAUUACCCCAAUUCGUGUUCAACUCUCGUGAUCCAAUUGUGAUGGGUGUCAUAGUGGAGGCCGGAGUGGUCAAGGAGGGAACGCCGAUUUGUGUGCCAACUAAAGAGUUUGUUGACCUGGGCGUGGUGACGUCGAUCGAAGCUAAUCACAAACAAAUUGAGACUGCCAGGAAGGGACAGGAGGUCUGCAUCAAGAUCGAGCCGAUCCCGGGCGAAACGCCCAAGAUGUUCGGCCGACACUUUGAGGAAACCGAUAUGCUAGUUAGUAAGAUAUCCCGUCAAAGUAUUGACGCCUGCAAAGACUACUUCCGUGACGAUCUGCUAAAGUCGGACUGGGCGCUGAUGGUGGAGCUGAAGAAAACGUUCCAGAUUCUGUAGUGUGCUGGCCGCCGCCGCCGCCCCGCGAUGGAUGAUUUGUUUUUUUCGACUUUUUCACACGGUAAAUUCGUUUUAUUUUUAAACAACAACAUUGUUUUGCAUCGAGUCCGAUCCAAUUGAGCGAAAGCAGCAGCAGACGGUUUCUUAGUUUUUAGAUUAGAUAUCUUUUCCAAUUGUUUGUUUUGCUUUCUUUCUUCUUUUUUGUUUCGUUUCGUUUCGAUUAGCCAACCAAUUGUAAUUUUUACUUAAAAUCACAACAUUGUCUAGGUAUUUAAUCAAUUGUUUGACAUCAGUUUGAUUCGGGGAGAAACUUUGCGGAGUUUGUUUCGUUGGUAGAUGGUAGAAUGAUUGCAGGAGAGGACAUUGUGAUUGCCCCUUCCCCAAGCGGAACGGUUGGGUGAACGUGAUUGUAAAGUUUCUAAAGGUGAAGAAUGAUGAGUAAAAUCUUGUAAUAAAAGAAACAAUUUAAACAAAA